ACCUUAUAUUGACGAUCAUUACGAGUUGAGCCAAUAAACGCAUCAACUUGUUUCUCAAGAUUAUCCAAAUUUUGUUUAAUUUGUUCGAGUUUUUCUAAAGCUAUUCCAUUAGGAUCGCGUACAGGUUGUGGUGGUGGUGGUGGUGAAACAUCAGCUGGUGUUGAAGUAUCAGUUGAUGGAGCUUGUGGAUCAGUUGAUUGUGUUGAUGAAGAAGAAAAACGAAAAGAAAUGAUACGCAAUGUACAAAAAGUAAUUGGUAAACUUGAAUCGAAAGUACCAGGAACUCCUGGUUUUGAACAAAAUAGUAAUCCCAUGAAAACAGAAACUACUUCUACCAAUUAA